GAGGCUUGUGUGUGUGUUGCAGUCUAGCUUCUGAUAUUCCUGAUGAAGUAACAUACUCCAUAUAUUUUUUGCAUAAAGGUUACAACAAAACUUUCACAGUUUCUCUAGAAAGAACAGAAUCUCAUAAAUUGAAGGAAGUGGCUUUUAUGAAUCUUGACUACUAUGUGGCUGCUUAUUUGCCUGGCCAGUUCCUGCACCUCCUGAAUAUUCAGCAUCCUGACCUACUGUGCUAUAGCUUGUUUCUGACAGGUGAGGAUGCAAGAAUUGACAUGUUGCAAAACUGCUACAUCCGAUCCCCGCUCACGUCAACAGUCUUGGAUUGCCACGCAGGAAGUAUGUACGCUGUGAGCAUCAGUGACAGCGCCUUGCUGCAGUUCCUACAGAACAGCAAACAAGACAGCGAGAGAUUGGCCGCUCUACAUUGUGCUCUGUUGUACUUCCAACACACAGUAGACUUGGAAAUGCAGAUUAUUUGGUGGAUUUCUGAGAACCUGUCAGCAUGUCAUUCUUUUGAUCCCAUUCAAGAAUUUAUCAUUGCCUCUCUGUACUGCAGAAUGUGUCCAGAAGCUCACAACCUGGAUAAACUUUUGCCCUACACAUCACUGCUUGACUGGAUUGGGGUUAUCCCUGGAGUAACGUGUGCAACAGACAUUAUUUCUAUACCUGUGUUAGAGUUCCAAAACUCCAAAGGCUUCUGGGAGAAACUCAACUCAAACUUGGAGAGUGUGAAGUAUGCAGAGCCACACUUGCAUUACCACAAUAAUGUGCUCAGGAGGGAAUGGCGUAACCUUUCAGAAGAGAGAGAGGAGAGAAGAGCUACAACGUAUUUGAGGAAUAUUUUUGAAAAUGCCAAAAAGGUGCUUUCUCAUCUGGACACUUGGGACUCUGAGGAAAGGCUAGUACCUCUCUUUCAAGAGGAAGAUUAUCAGCAGCAAUUACUAAUGGGACUGAUGGUUGCUCAGCUAAAGGAUCACCUAAUGAGACAUCUACAGUAUGUAGGAAAAAAGAAGAUUGACGAAAUAGUUUUGGAUUAUGUUGCAAACCUGCUGGAUCUGGUACAUCAAAUAAUGAAAGAAGUUUGGAGGAGAUACCAGCUUCAUUCCUGCAUCUUCUGCUUUGAUGAGAGAGGAAGUGCAGGAGAGUUUGCAGUGUUCCACAUCAUGAGUCGGAUUCUGGAAGCUGCAAAUGGCAUGUGCUUGCCUUUACCUCCUGGUUUUCACACUCUGCACUUGGGGCUUGGUGUUCGAUGUCUCCCUCUGCACACCCUCCUGCACUAUAUUGAUAAUGGAGUCUUGCAUCUGACAGAAACGUGUGUCAGGAAAUUGCUGAAAGAUCUGGAUGACACUGAGAAGAAUGAAAAGCUGAAGUUCAGUAUUGUCAUGAGGCUUCCUGAGGCUCUUGGUCUAAAGAUCCGCCAGUUUUGGAAUCAUCCAAUAAACGCUAAUUUCAUUGCACGGAAAUACGUGAAACUUUUGCUUGAGAAGCUGGGGGACACACAGUGUAGCAGGCCCAUCCCCGAGAGACUCCCCGUCCCUGUAGAGUUUUUGCCACUUAACUACCUGACUAAUAUGCUAGCAGAGGUAGAGAAUCAAGGUUUGCAUCCAUAUGAAAAACAAGAUCAUGUUAAUGUGAGAUUUGUAGAGGAAACAGCACUCAAACACACCAUGAGGCUUUUGGGCCUCAAAUAUUCCUGA